AUGGGGAACACAGGGACAGGAGUGGCCCUCUCUUACCGUGCUCCCGAACCCACUGGCUGGAGCCUCGACUACACCCUGCCAGCGUCCGGCAUUUGGGCGGCGAAGGUACAGGUGCAUAGGAGCAUCUCUGUGGAGCAGGCGCUGGUCCGGGAGCUGGAUUGGGUGGCGGACAGGACAGACAGCACUGCCGGACAGAGCUCGUGUUCCAUAGGAGGGCAAGCCCGACACAACAUGCAGACCAAUAAGAUCUGCGUGGGUUCUCCCGCCUCCCCACCCUGUGUCCCCGGGGACACCCUCCCAGAGCCCUGUUGGCUGAGACGGUUUGUCGUCCCAGGGCACUUGCUGGAUUUGCUGAGGACUCGAGGGAAGAAUGGAGCCAUUGCCUUCCUGGAGAGCCUCAAGUUCCACAACCCUGACGUGUACACCCUGGUCACCGGGCUGCAGCCCAAAGGGGACUUCAGCAACUUCAGUGCGGAGAAGCAGCCUGGGAUGAUGAGCCCAUCUCCAGCUGGUCAACCAGCUGGCCCUCGACAUCCUGACCGCGAGGAGGAGCCUUAUUCCCCACUGUACCUGCUGAAGCAAGAGCUAGAACGCGAGAAGAUGUCUUCUUCCCACGAGCGGGACUGUCGAGAGCGUUCCCCGCAGAUGGCCGACGGCCUGGGGCCCGGGGACAAGGAGCUGACCCGCCUGAAGGAGGAGAACGAGAAGCUCCGGUCGCUGACGUUCAGCCUGGCGGAGAAGGACAUCCUGGAACAGAACCUGGACGAGGCCCUGGAGGGCACACAGACGCUGGUGGAGCGUAUCCACUCCCUGAGGCAGCGGGCCGUGGCCGCCGAGAGGCAGCGGAAGCAGUACUGGGAGGAGAAGGAGCAGACCUUGCUGCAGUUCCAGAGGACUAAGGUCGACUGUGACAUCUACAAGGAGAAGAUCAGCGCCCUACAGGGCCAGUUGCUGGAGCUGCAGCGAGAGCGAGACCAGGCCUACUCCGCGAGAGACGCGGCCCGGAUGGAGAUUUCUCAGAGCCUGACAGAGAAGGACGCCCUCCGCAGGAAAGUGUUUGAACUGACAGACCAGGUCUGGGAGCUGCGCCAUCGGCUUCACCAGCCACAGGCCGAGUCCCUGCGAGGGGUGGAUUACGAGGCAACGGAGCCCUCGUUCAAGGCCACCCUGGAGGACACAACUCUGGAGCAGGCCGUCGGACUUCUCCAGAGGGUGAACGGCUUCUGCUGCCUGUCUGUGAAGGUCAACGUGGAGGGUUAUAAGAAGUUGGUCCAGGACCUGGAGGCCAAAGUGGCUACCUCGGGGGACUCCUUCUAUAUCCGGGUCAACCUGGCCCUGGAGGCGAGGGCGGUGGGGGAGCUUCAGGUGCAAUGCAACGACAUCCUGCAUGUCACCGACACCAUGUUCCGGGGCCGCGGCUGCUGGCACGCCCACCGCGUGGGCCCCUAUAGCACGAAGGGCACCGAGAGGGGCAGCAUCCCCAACUAUGCACGGGCUCAGCAGCUGCUCAUCGCUCUGAUCCAGCGGAGCACCAUCGCCCGCAAGCAGUCUUCUGGGGGAGCCCAGAAGCUGGUCCGCAUCGUCAGCGUGGACAGAACCAAGGCCAGCCCUGUGUGCUCGUCCUCUGAGGGGGCCCUGUCGGAGCGCAGCAAGCCAGAAGAGCCCUCCACCACAUGCUUCUGGGCCGAGACCUGCUUCACCCUGGUGCCCUACAGCCUGGUGCGUCCCCACAGGCCCAGCCGGCCCCGGCCCGUGCUCUUCGUGCCCAGGGUGGUCGGCAGGAUCCUGAGCGAGAAGCUGUGUCUCCUCCAGGGGUUUAAGAAGUGCCCAGCAGAGUACUUGAGCCAGGAGGAAUACGAUGCCUCCAGCCAGAGGGGGGACAUCAUCCAGGAGAAGGAGGCAUCCGGUGGCCGCUACUGGGUGACCCUCAGGGCCAUUGAGUCCCUCAUGGAGAAGAACACCCACGCCCUCCUGGACGUCCGGCUGGACAGCGUCCGUGCCCUCCACAGGUCGGAGAUCUUCCCCAUCAUCGUCCACAUCUCCGUCAACGAGAAGGCGGCCAAGAAACUCAAGAAGGCCCUGCAGCGGCUCAACACCUCGGAGCGGCAGCUCCUGGAGGCGGGCAGGCAGGAGGAGGGCGAGCUGGACGAAGUGCCCUGUCUGUACAGCAGCCUGGCCCCCGAUGGCUGGAGUGACCUGGAAACCCUGCUCGGCUGUGUCCGCUUGGCCAUCGCGGACGAGCAGAAGAAGGUUGUGUGGACAGAGAAGAGCCCCCGCUGA